CAAACAGACAAACGAAAACAAGCAGACAAUGGGUGUGUGUAAGUAUGCUCCAUGUGAGAUUAUAGGGGGGAGAUGAAACUGUGGAGGAAUGACAGAAUGCCGGUGACAUGACGCGUGCACUCAUCAAAAUCACCGCUGACGGAGGAGGAAGAAAUGAAGCUUGGACGGUCUUGAUGCAGACACUCACUGGUGAUACAAAAUACUAGAGUGAAGGGACCUAAGGAAAAAACGGAUUUUCCUACAGUUCUGGGGGCUCGUCCGGGAUAUAUCUGGUCAGGUAAGAGAAUUUUAUACACACUGCCUGAUUAGAUAUAUCCUGUUUUAUCUGUAGAAUUUUGUAGAUUUAGAGGUUAUCCCACACAGUGAUUGUGUGGAUGUGUUAUUCUACACCACGAUGGUGUAGAUGAUGGUUUAUCCUACAUAAUUGUGUUCUUGUACCCGAUUAAAUUUGGGUUGCACAGUGUGUAGAUGAUGGGUUAUCCUGCAUAGUUGUGUUCUUGUACCCGAUUUAAUUUGGGUUGCACAGUAUGUGGAAGAUCACACGGUAGCUGAAAACCGUGUGAUAAAGCGCUUACAAAUAUAGACUAAUAAAAACUAGACAGAACAAAUUAUCACCAGUGAGUCUUCUCAUCAUGGGCCAAACUUAUCCAAAGCCUGAGCCCAGUGAGACCCCUGUGAAUUGGAUGAACAGAUGUGGGUGGGGAUUUUACACUGAACCAUACAUCUCAAAUUUAGCAGGAUGGACUGAGGGUCAAUCCCAGUGGCGAGAUUGUAGUAAGAAACAGAGAGAGCAGCAAGGAAGUCAGCAAUGGGCCAACGGUGCCCAGGGUGUUUGCCAGCAGCCCAAUCAUUAUCAGCAGCUUAAUCAUUAUCAGCAGCCCAAUUAUUAUCAGCAGCCGCCACAGCAGCACGGUGUACCCCCGCACAUCUAUUCCUGGGGUUAGAAACCUCUAUGUUGAUGGCUCAUGCUCAAAACCACAGGAUGGUGUAUACCUCACAGGUUAUGCUGUCUGUGAACUACCAGACAAAGUGAUUAAAGCUGCAGCUGUGCCUUUUUCCUCAGCCCAAGCAGCUGAGCUCAUUGCCUUGACCAGAGCUUGUCACAUUGCUGCUGAUCAGGAUGUUAACAUUUACACUGACAGUAGAUACGCCUUUGGCGUUGCCCAUGAUUUUGGACAAAUUUGGGCUACCCGUGGGUUUGUGGCCGCAGACGGCAAACCCAUAUCUCACAGCUUAUUGGUCAUGGAUCUCAUACAGGCCUGCCGUUUGCCUAGAUCACUAGCCAUUAUUAAAACAAAAGCCCAUUCUACAUUUGACACCCCUGAGGCCAAGGGGAAUAACAUGGCUGACACAGCAGCCAAAGCAGCUGCUCAAUCUGGGAGGAUGCCAAGUUGGCUGAAUAUCUCUCAGGUUUCCACUUCCUCAUCUGUGCUGACUAGUGCUAUGCUCCCACCUAUUGACAUUGUGGCCAUUCAAGCUAUAGCCUCAGUGGCAGACAAAACUUAUUGGGAAGAGCUCGAUGCUCAUCCUGAUUCCUCAGGAAUUUUGCUGGAUGGCAAUGGUCGUGUGUGCAUUCCUUCUGCCUGUGCACCUUUUCUUGUCCGCGAGUUUCACUGUGUUACACAUCGCGGCCGAAGAGGGGUACUGGACACAAUGAUGUCUUUUCUGUGUAUACUUAACUUAUCACAUCAUGUUAACAGCACAUUAGACAGAUGUUUAGUUUGUGCUCAAAAUCAUGUGACCAAACCAUGGGCUAAACACCAACAGCUGCAAAUGCCAGAAGGCCCAUUCCAGCAAUGGCAGGUAGAUUUUACUCACCUUCCUAAGAGGGGACCACAUAAAUAUCUUUUGGUUUUGUAGAUAGGUUUUCAAAAUGGGUUGAAGUGUUCCCCUGUGCGAGGGAAGAUGCAAAAACUGUGAUUUUAUAUCUAACAAAAGACAUUAUUCCCAGAUAUGGUAUACCAUGUGGCAUUGACUCUGACAAAGGCACUGCUUUCACAGCAAAGGUGAUUCAAGGCCUUGCUAAAGAAUCAGGCAUUACAUGGCACUUGCACAUACCAUACCACCCACAGUCAUCAGGUGUAGUAGAGAGAACUAACAGAACAAUCAAAGACAAAUUGAGAAAAGCCAUGCAGAGCAUGGGGCGCUCUGAUUGGCCUGCAUUAAUCCCAGUGAUAUUGGCGGACAUGAGAAUGUCCCCUCACAAGGGACUCCAGGGGCUGUCACCCUAUGAAACAGUAAUGGGUAGACCCUUUCCAGCCCCCUGGAGAAAGGGAGGGCAUGCACUGGGUGAUGGCUCAUGUGAUGUUCAUAUUAGCGAGUAUAUGCAACAACUGAUUGGGGUUUUGAACCAAUACUGGGCUAAAUUACAUUCCUGUGCAGCACCAAUGCCAGGGGAUAAACCACACCCCUUCAAGGUUGGGGACAAAGUAUUAAUUAAACAAUUUGCUAAGAUGGGUGAGGGUCUUUCUGAUACCAAAUAUAGUGCACCCGCUGAAGUUGUUGCAGUCACACGAACUGCUGUCUUAACUUCCUCUUUCCCACAGUGGAUCCAUGCAACCAGACCGAAGGAGGCUCCAUCUACUGUUUAAAGUUUGUUUGCAUAUAUGUAUAUACAGUCAUAAUCUGUCUUGAGAUUUCUUUUCUUUCCAGAGGGGCGCCCCACACCCACAUGAUUGAAGUGCUGGCCAGCCAUCUAAUUCUAACAACGUCUGGAGGAUAAAACUGUAUGGUUGCUAUCUGAUAGCAGAGGAGCUGAACACGCAGCGCUGUUUAUCAAAUAGAGAACUGUCAGUUCACACCAUGACCUGGAGAAGUGUGUCUGUUGUUGUGACUGGACUUAUCAUCCUAUGCUGGGUGGUAUUUAUUUCACUGCCUGCCUUACGUCAUCAGCACAGGCGAUGAAGUGAGCAUAGAUAUUUCGAUUGGGAGGAAGAGCCAGGAGAGGAUCCUAUUGGAGUGAACCUGUGGUAUAAAUAUGUGAAGGUUUUGGUAAAAUCAUACAAUGUGUCGAAUUGUUAUGUUUGUUCAGUGAUGCCUCACUCAGCCAAACAGAACACCCUAUAUGGUAAACCAAUGAAUAAAACUCAGGCUAAGUGUUAUGCAAGCUUUGCUGGAUGUGGUUAUCAGGACCCCCAAAUUCAAAUAAAUGAUUCUGACAUUGAUAGGAUAGGCCUCAAAAAAGGAACCUGUGAUUCAAUGUUUUGGGUAAAAUUUAAUCAUACCUCACAAGGAAGACCAAUUGGACACAAGGUUUUCUUUAACCACACCUUAAAGCAUCCUAUGUGUUAUAAUCAGACCAAUGGCACUAUCUAUAUGGGCAGCACUCUCAACUGUGAGCAGAUAUGGCGCAGUGGCGAGGGAGCGCCUGUAAGUAUGUCGGGCCCCUCUAAUGGCACCUAUGUUGUCCAAGGUGGAUGGUGGUUAUGUAGGCGAACAGCCUUCAUGUCACUACCCGCAAACUGGAUUGGUCAAUGUGCCCCAAUACAUGUUACUGAUCGCAUGUUCAUCAUGGCCGCUGUUCCAGGCGCUGAAUCAAGGAGAAGACGACGAAGUGUGCCCACUUUUGUGCCUCAUGACCCCAUAUGGGGUGAGGACGUUCCUGAUGAGUUCAAACUAUGGUCCACGAGUAACAAGGUCACAUUGUCCUUGUUUCCUCAUAUAGGUGUGGGAAAGGUUAUGCUAAGGCUUGAAACAUUGGAUUACAGGUUGGGAUUAUUCAUUAAUGCAUCUCAAAUUAUAGAUAAGGCCCAAAAUAAAGAAAUCUCUAACAUUAGGACUAUGGUAAUGCAAAAUAAGAUGGCACUCAACCUUUUGACUGCCUCUGGUGGAGGUGUGUGCGUAUUGCUAAACACGACAUGUUGCACUUAUAUAUCAGAUGACAUCAAUAGUGAUGCUAUGAGAGAUGCCUUAGGUACCCUGACUAAAUUGAAAAAUGCUAUGACAGCUGACUAUCGCCCCGAUCAUAAUGGUGGAUGGAAUAUUUUCCACAAUCUUUUUGGCUGGGUGACGCCUUUUAUAUCGAUGAUGAUUCCUAUUAUUGUUGUUGUAUUACUAAUUUGCUGUUGCGGCCCAUGUCUUGUAUGUAUAAUGUAUAAUGAAUCGUGUUUAUGCUACCAUUGAGAGUAUGACUGGUCGUGGGUAUGAGCUACUUCCUAUGCGUUAGGCUUUUUAGAGCCUAAAAGAGGGGAUUGAAGGAUUUGAUUAUUAUGUGUGUGUAUUCUACUGUUUUUACAGCCUGUUUUUCUGUUCUCUCUACUGUGUCUUUUCACUGCAGAAAUGUGUGUGGGUAUGCAUAUUCUGUUCAUCUUAUCUCGGUGUGGCCGGAAAAUUUCGUCCUUGAGCAAAAGCAACUAUCUGACUCGCUCACAGAUGCGCGCAUACCUACAUGCACACAUUCUCACGUAUUCUGGUUGCUGUAAGCUGUCUUUGUAUUGUUGUUUCCCUCCUUCUAUGAUAAUAUUCUAUUGUGUUAGGGCUCAGUUGCAGGAGGAUCCUCAAUGUGUAUAUAAGAUUGCUCUUCCCUCCCUUGUGUCAGAAUAAAA